UUUCAUGAGCGUUAUAGAGUUCCUCGUUGUCGUCGUCGUUGUCUCGUGACGUUCCUCAACGUCCCUACUAUUUCUUAACAAUCUGUUAUUAUAUAUUUAGCUUCGAUAAAUCGUAAUAUAUAUAUAUACACAUAUGUAUACGUCGUCAUAGAAAAAAAAAUCGUUAUUCGUAAUAAGAAAAGUGUUUCAUUAGAAGAAAUCGUUUGAACAAUUAUAGAAAUAUUUAAUAUUAGAAAUGUGAUAGACACACCAAAGUGCAUCGAUCAACCUUCGUGAAAAAGGGGGUGAGAAAACUUUUCAGAAUGACAAGUGCGAAUUAACGAGUGCAUAGAUAUUUUCAGGAGUAUCGUUAAACUCCGCGUUGUAGGAAGUUUCAAUGCGCGGCAAAAAAGAAAAAAAAAAUAUAUAUAUAUAUAUAUAAGCGUUUAGAAAGUGAAACGUUUUCUUUCUAUAUCCAAGUGAAUUUUCUAAAGCAUUUUGUCCAAGUGAUUUCUCUAGAAUGAAACUAUACGAAGUAUGAAACUUUUUUGUUGCUACGAAACGAUUGUCAAACUUGUUAAGUGUCUCGUAUGUGCGUGUGUGUAUGACUGUGUUGGUGCGUGUAAAUAAAAGAGAAGGAAAUUGUACUUUAUCGAUGUUUAUUGGAAAACUACAAGCUAAACUACAAUACAACAGUAAUUGAUUUUUAUAAUUGCUUAGUAAUUUUUCGAUUCACCCUGUAUAUUGUAAUUUUGUAAUUAUAUGGAGCUAAAGAAAUCAGUCAACAAUAGUAUCGAUUGACAAAAGAAUGAAUUGGACGAACAGAAUGGCGCGUCACGGUAGCGAGAGAUCCCUACAUACUUUACAUUCUAUGCAUCCUGUUCGUACUUCAAUUAUCCACAAUAACAACAACAACAACAACAACAACAACAACAACGAUUCAACAACAAUGAAUCAUUCAAGAAAUAUAGUCAGUCCAAGCAAAGCUAUUUGCAGUAGUCCAGAAAUCGACGCUUUACUCGAUGGUUCUAUCGAUGGAGUUUCAAUAUUAUCAAGUACUAUGAAUUCAUCGAGCAAUACCACCAUAGUUCCUGGUUCCUCUCCGUUAGCUUUGGACUCUCGUAUACCCAGACCAUCAUCUAAUAACGUUCUGCGCCGUUCCUCGAGCAUGCGCAUCCGUGGUGAACGGCUUCCAGCACAUCAUUCUCGACCCACUACUACUACCACCACCUCGGCUCUUCUUGGCCAACAUCACCAACACCACUACCGUCGUCACAACCAUCUUUUGCUACAGCAGCAGCAGCAGCAGCAGCAACAUCCUGAUCAUCGUAUCUUUCCGGUCAUCACGGAGAAUGGAACCGACUCGCCAAGACAACGAUCUCUUAGCCUCUCACUGACACCAGCUAGGCCGCGAGCAGGACACGCGGCCUCAGGAACAACACCAGGAGCAGAUGACAGUGAUGCAGAGAGCGUGAGAAGUUAUGGAAGUGCAUGCAGCACCGCAAGUGCCUGCGAUCAUGCUUCCUUUGCUUUGAACGGUACUACUUGGUCCGGUCGAUCACGAAAAUACGUUGUCCAUUGUUCUAAUCAUACCGGAGACAAUGAACAGUAUCUUACACCGACACAAAGGGCCGCCAGACAAAUUAGGAAAUUUCAGGCUCUUUUGAAGGAAGCAAGAAUAGAGAUCGAAGAAAAAAAUCGAGAGAUCGUUCGAUUAACUAAAGAGGUCGUUGAGUUACGAUUGUAUAAAGCAUCAUUGAAUAGUCCUGAUGAAAGAACCGACAGUAGCGAUGCUCUUACUGUACGUGAAAACAAUCCUUUUUCACCGGAAUCACCAUGCAAAGAUCUUUUAGAGGAAGGUUCAUUCGAAAAGGUCGCUAGUCCAGAAACUCCGGAUAAACGUGCCCAAUCGGAUGUACCAUCCUCUUUAGCAGAUUCAGGACAUUUUGAAGACGGCUCCGUCCACUCGAAAGAUUCUGUGUGCCUACCGGAAACGGUACCCGAACCUUCUGGUAAUAAUCCUCCAUCCAACCUAAGUCAAGAUGAACCUAAAGACGCUAGUAGAUCCGUCUCUGUUGUGGAUAGUAGUCCUGAGAGAGAUGAAGAAAGACGUCGAUUGGUUGAUCAUUAUGAAAGCAGAAUCGAAGAAAUGCACCGAAGACAUAUCGAUGAAAUGCAGGAAUUGAAACAGAAGCACAAUGAUAAGGUAGAGAGCUUGUUGAAUCAACUAUCUGAAGUUAAUACUCGCUAUUGCGAGGUAAGGCCGUCCGUUGAUGCUGCGGAAGCUCGCACUAGAGAGUUGGAAGUGGAAUUGGAGGCUGUGAAAAGUGAACUGGAUAAGAAGAAAGCUUUAAUUAAAGAGCAAGAAGAGAAGGAUAAACAAAUGUACCUGAAAGUGCAUGCGAAUGAACAAGAAACUGCACGCACUGAAAAAACUGAUCAGAUACCUGAAAAUGCACAGCAAAAAUCAUCCUCGAAAGUUAACGUCACCGAUUUACAACAAGAAUUAACAGUUACAAAAGCAGAAUUAGACAAAAUUAAGGAUACAAGCUACUCGCCUGAACCUCACAUUUCAGCCGAUCGUAGCCAAAAUUUAUUAAGCGCUCAGGAGGCUGUUUCUCUCUGGGUCCUUGGCACACGUAAGUUUACACUACAAUACAUCGCUCUUAGAUCGGGCCAUACAGUGCACUUGGAAGAAACAGCCUCUUAUAAUUCAAUCGAUGCAAUGUAUCGGAGUAUUGUGGAAUCAAAAUACAAGAAGGAUGAAUUGGAUCUUGUAAUCACCUUGCAGUUUCUAAAAUCAGCAUUUUAUUACUUCCUGACUGAUAAGGAAAAUCAUCGUGGACAUCUGAAUGCCAUCGAAAGUAUCUUGGGUUUUACCGAAGCUGAGAAACACAACAUUGAUAAAAUUUAUGGAUCUGUAAGAAAAUAACUUAUACAACUUUAUAGAAAACGAUGUAUAUCAUUGUUAAAGACAUACGGUGUAACAUGUUCUCCAUUUAUCACUUUUCUUAAUAUAAUAUUUAUAAUUUUAUAUACAGAUAUUGAUAUAGAGAACUAAACAUAUAUUUGUCUCAACAAUUAAAAAGAAACAUUAUUUUCUAUUUACAUAGGUUCACAUUGAAAAAGUAUAUACUGAUCGUACUUAUAUUUUUAAUAAUUUUUUUUCUAAUGGAUAAAAUGAACACUGUAUGUCAUAUACCUUUAUCAUACUGCUGCUGGUUAGCAGACAAUUUGAAUGAUUUUAAACAGUUUUAAUAAUAUGUAUUUCAACUUUUGCUAUGCGAUGAAAAACGUUUUGAAAUUGUAAAUGUAUAUGCGUAUGAUACAAAUUUAAUAGUCUUCAUAUUAUAUAGUAGUUAUACGUAUAUUGAUUUCCAUCAAUGGAUAUGUAUUUCAUAAAGAAUAUAUGGGAUAAGUUAUUAUUUAAUAUAGAAACCUCUUUAAUAGAAUUUUUUUUUAUGUUCUAUUUAAAAUUACACAACUAUAUUUUUAGAUACAAAUUUCUAAUUAAUAAUAUUUAAUUAUUAUUUAUCGCGAUAUGAUUAUUAGUAUAAUGUACUGGACCCUAAGGCCUAUUUAUAUAACUGUCUGAAAAAACAAAAAUAAUAAAAGAUUAUUUUUCAUAUUAAUAUUUGAAAUACAUAUCCACAUUGUAUAUUCAUACAAAUAUUAGAAUAUAAAAAUAAUUACAUAUACUAUAAAGCCACAAAAUAUUUCUAUUGGAGAGUAGGAUAUUUUACGUUUGCAUAGAAUUAAAACGUGUUAGAAAUUAAUUAGAUUAAUAAAUAAAAUAAUUUAAAGUCUUAUUAAAAUCAAAGAAAAAUCUAAAUUAUAAUUAUACCUAAAUUUGGUGGCAUAUUACAUUGAAGUAAUAAGGAGACUGAGAAGAUUGCCUUUUUAUCUGCUUAUCUGCUUGAUCUUGCCUUUAAUCUGCUUAUUAUCUAGUAUUAUAGAAAAAUCCACAGUGAAAGUGUUAUUAAGCGAAUAUACUAUAAAAAUUAAGAAAAGGAAAAAAUAUGAGCACACUAACUACACAUAUAUAUAUAUAUGUAUUGUACUUCCUGGAUAGAUUUUUUUGCACCAAUAACUAUUAUUUUAAUGUAUUCUUUACUGCCAACAUUUUAUUACUGAACACUUCCAUCGGUAACAGUAUUCCACUGUGAUAUAUUGACUUAUUUUUAAAUUAUUUAUAAUAUUACAAGUACAUUAAUUGGUGAAAUAUUCCUGAAUAAAUCUUGUUAAAAAAUGAUAUGAAUAUAAUCAUUAAUGAUAAAAAGGAUUAUAUUCGCAUUAUAUAAAAACCAAAGAUAUUUCGAGCAGCCUAUUUAUCUCAUUGUAUUACAUUUGAUAACUUCAUAUUUUCCUUUAACUAUUUAAAUUAAAAUAUCUUGUAAAGAUAACCAAGGUGAGCUCUGAACAUAAAAUUGGCAUUAAAAUUUAAACUUUUUCUUAUUACUCGGAUGUUAUUACAAAUAAAAUUUCAAUUUAUAAGAUUAUAUGUUCCUAUGGUGCCAAUGCUGUGAAAAUUAAUUAACCAAACAUAAUAUAUUAAUCAAAGCAACACUGUUUUUAUAUAUAACCUUAAAUGGAAGACUAAGUAAUUAAAUUAUUAUUAUAUGAUGUAAUUUGACUUAUUUUGAGAUGCACAUAAUAUAAGUUAAUGUAACCAACUAUAAGUUUGAAAUAAUCUUUUAUAGAUAUAAAAUAGUUAUUACAAAAGAAGAAAGUAAUCAUAUCUAUAGAUAAAUAAUAUAUACGAAAUAUUCUGUCUGCAUUCAUAUAGUUUCUUCACUCGUUGUCAUUUAUCGACAUUAAUACUUGUUCAGAGCUCUGAUAUGAAUAUGUGGAACUGAAUGUAGAGUAUGUAAAUAAUUCUAUAAUAAAGUACGAAUAAAAUCUAAA